AUGGAGAACGUGUCGCCCGCCCAGGGCGACCAGCCUAAGGACGUUGCAGAGCAGACAGGGCAGACCACAACCGCGCCUGUUGAUGUCAAGCCGCAGACCGAAACCAAAACCGAGACCGUGAUCCCGAAGAAAGAAGUAGACGAUGAUGAAGACUCGGAUUUUGACGAGUUAGAUGACGUCCUAGACGACUUCUCCAAACCCAAACCAGCACCAGCACCAGCGCCCGCACCCGUACCAUCAUCAACCGCAAACCCUGAUGAAUCAACGGGCGUCGCACCAGCAAACUUUGAUGAAGAUGCCUUCCUCAAACAACUAGAAGCAGAGAUGGCCAAUAUGAUGGGCGGGGGCGGGGCACCACCGGGAGCAGGAGCAGGAGCUGGCAACCCGGCAGAUCUCCAAGCAACAGUCGACCAAGGCGCCGACGUCUUCGCUAAACAACUCGAAGAAAGCGGGAUUCCACCAGGAGAUUUCCUGAAGCAGUUGCUUGCGGAUGUUAUGGCCGAGGAGGGUGGUGGGGGUGCAUCAGCCGAAGGUCAUGCAGCCGCGGCAGCGGCAGCAGGUCUCGGCGGAUCUGGCUCUGGAUCGGGAUCGGGAUCAGCUCAAGGUAGCAAGUCCUCACCCGCCUCAACAGAACUAACCGACCAACCCGCUGAAUCCUUCAAUGACGCCAUCAAACGAACAAUGGGCCGAAUGAAAGAAUCAGGCGAUAAAGCCACCGCAGCGGCAAGUUCAGAAGAUGACAUCUCAGACGAUAUGCUAGCGCAACUACUCAAAGCCGUCGAAGCCGGUGCAUCAGGUGCAGGCGACGAAGGGGAUUUGUCGAAGAUGUUUAUGGGGAUGAUGGAGCAGCUUUCUAAUAAGGAGAUGUUGUACGAGCCGAUGAAGGAGCUUGAUGGGAAGUUUGGGCCUUGGCUUGUCAAGAGUAAAGCUGAGGGGCAGGUUUCUGAGGAGGAUAUGGGACGGUAUGAGACUCAGGCGAAGGUUGUUAAGCAGAUUGUGGGGAAGUUUGAGGAGAGUGGUUAUUCGGAUGAUGAUCCUAAGUGUCGGGAGUAUGUUUGGGAGAGGAUGCAGGAGAUGCAAGCUGCUGGUAGUCCGCCUGAGGAGCUUGUUUCGAAUCCUCUUAUGGAGGAUCUAGGUGGGCUUGGUGCUGGUGCUGCUGGAGUCCCUGGUAUGCCAGAUUGCCCGCAGCAGUGA